GUGGUCACGCCCCCUCGCGCCCCGACUUCGGCUGGGCUGCCCGCGCUUCCAGCCUCCCCUCGGUGGCAGCGGCGGCAAGUCCGGCGGCGGCGGGAGCGCCGGCCGGUGGACCGUCGAAAAUGAUCCUCUGCCCCCCGAGCGCGGAGCCCCCCCGCGGAAAGCCCUGCCAGAGGCUGCAGCUGAGCAAGAUGAGCGCCAACGAGAAGAAGGAGAGGCCGCCGCAGCUGCUCUUCGUGAAGGCCUUGGCCAGCAGAGGCCUGAUCGAGGCCAUCGCCCAGCAGAUGGGCUACCACCCGCACUACCUGGACAGCUUCCUCCGCCUGCAACAUUACCUGCUCCACAUGGACGGGCCGCUGCCCUUCGACUGCCGCCACUUCAUCGCCAUCAUGGCGGCCGCCCGGCAUCGGUGUCACUACCUGGUGAACCUCCAUGUGCUGCAGUUCCUGCGGGUGGGCGGAGACCCCCUGUGGCUGAGGGGGCUGGACUGCAUCCCCCCCAAACUCCGCCGGCUAAGUGAGAUCAACAAGGUCUUGGCCCACCGCCCCUGGCUGGUCUGCAAGGAUCACAUCGAGAAGCUGCUGAAGAUCAGCGAGCAGAGCUGGUCGCUGGCAGAGCUGGUCCACGCCGUUGUGCUCCUCGCCCACUACCAUGCCCUGGCCAGCUUUGCUUUUGGCUGCGGCUGCGAACAGGACCUCGGCCCAGAGGGACGGGGCUCCCUGAAGCUGGGACUACCGGGCAGCGUCUGCUUUUGUGACGUGGGGAACGGCUGCAGCCAGGAGAUGCUGCAUCUCAACCGCAAGCGGUCCUUGGAUUCCUGCAUGGAGCUGGAGUCUCUUCGGGAGCGUGUCCACGGGUUGCAGGUGGGCAGUGAGGCCCGGGAAGAGCUGAGGCUGCCUGCCCAGCGGGAAGAAGGCUUCGACGGGGAGUUCUUGGGGGCCGCAGAUCUUUCCUGCUACGUCUUGGAUCCCAGCUUCGGCUACCAGGAGUUUGCCCAGUGCAACGAGGACCAGCCCCAGAUCUUCCGUGUUCAGGAUUAUUCCUGGGAAGACCACGGCUUCUCCUUGGUGAAUCGCUUGUAUUCCGAUAUCGGGCACCUGCUGGACGAAAAGUUCCGUAAGGUGGACGGUCUUCACAGCUGCUCAAUGGCCAAGCGGCAGGGCUGCGAACAGGCCACCUUCAAGCGGGGCAUCUGGAACUACGUCCACUGCCUGUUUGGCAUCAGAUACGACGAUUAUGACUAUGCAGAGGUCAACCAUCUCCUGGAACGGAUCCUCAAGCUGUACAUCAAAACGGUGACUUGCUCUCCGGAGAAGAUGGAGCCCCAGAUGUUUGAGCGCUUCUGGAAGCAGUUCAAGCACAGUGAAAAGGUCCACGUGAAUCUGCUGAUCUUGGAGGCCCGGCUGCAAGCGGAGUUGCUCUAUGCCCUCCGCGCCAUCACGCACUACAUGGUCUCCUAGGCCACGGGGGGUGCCACCUGGACGGACUUGGACUCCUGCGCUCUGGCAGCGACCCCUCCCUUUAUUUACUUGAUACCUUCUCCUUUCCCUUCAAGAUGUGAAAAAGCAGAGCCUUCCCUCCGGGCGAAGGACAGAAGCCCCAGGGCUGGCGGGCAGCUGAGUGGGCUUUUGCUCGUCUCUAAGCCACGAUUCUCGUGGAUGGGAAGGAGCCACGGGGGACGUGGCUUCUGCGAACGUGAAGCGUGGGAAGGGCAUCACUCCUCUUCCUUUCCCAGUCCCCUCUAGUGUCCGUUACAGUAUUGGGGAGGGGGCUCCCUUCGUCUCGUGCCAUUCCUGCUGCUCACCGGGCACACCCAGUGGUCCUUGGAGGGCUGGGGAAGGGGCUCUGGUCUGCCCCUGGGGUUUCUGGAGAGAGAAGAGGGGUACUUCCUGCUGGCUUCAUCUUGCACUUGGAGGGGCAAAUGGGGGGGUGGAAGGAUCCCUAGCACUUCUUUAGUGACAGCUGCCCUGCUAUCUUUCAUCCAAACGGUGCUCCGAAGCCAAAUUUGAUCCACCCCUCCCCCUUCUUAUACUGUCCCCCUUCCUCAUAUCCAAAGCCCACCCCCCUUGC